AUGACGCCGCUGCAACCACCUAGUGUUGCGGCCACUGUGGAGAACCACACGCCUACACCCAAGCGCCGCAAAUCACGCGGCCCCCACUCCGCCGACACAAGCUUCGCUCACGCUAUGGAUCUGCGCUCGCCCGCGUGGCAGACCAUCGUCGCCUUCCGGACUUCAUUCGGGAAGGGCUUUAACCGUGUAUUGGAUGGCUCUUUCAACCUGUCGACGGCCCGCAAAGUGGUCUGCGAUAAGUACCAGGUUGACCCCCAAACUCCCAUGCUUCUCUCUUACACCGCGCCUGAUGGAAUGGAGAUCGAUCUCGAAGAUGCAGAGGACUUUCGUGCUUUCCAAGUAUACGCUUCUCGCGAGUCGGUCGUUACCGUGAACGUGGAAAUGGACGCGGCAAACGUGGGCGUAUCCAAGCCGACCACAGACCCGAGUCUGCAAACGCCUUCCAAGCCACGUUCUCGCCGGGGGACACGCGGCAAGGGCGCGUCCGCACCCCCUCCUGCGCCUGAGCCUGCUACUGAUGCCUCAGCGCCCAUCGCCGAGGACACGCCCGCCGAAGUUCGCGAGGCACCCGCUAGUGGUCGCGAGGCACCGGUUGAUGGCCCCGAGGCACCGGCUGAUGGCCGCGAGGCAUCCACUGCGGCCGAUGCAACGCCGAAGGAAUCUGGCCGGAAGCGCAAGCAGAAGAAGGUCGCAGAAAAGGAUACUGAGAAGGAGGCAGACAAGAAAGCGAAGAAACAAAAGGAAAACGAACCUCUGCAGGAAGCUCCUGCUGCCCCUCCCACAGCCGACUCGGAUGACGACUCGGAUGAUGACUUGCCCCUUUCUCAAUCUGCUCCCCCUUCUUCCCAAACAAAUCCUCCCCUGUCGCAAGAGUCUGUGUCGGAAAAGCCUCGUCGCCACCGUCGGACCAAGGCAGAGAUGGAAGCAUUCCGUGCCGAACAGGCAGCCAAGAAGUUGGAAAAAGAAAAGGCUCGUCAGAACAAGGCAUCGCAUCCUGUACCCACUGAUACGACCGCCGAGCCUGAGGCGGCGGGCGACGAGACGACCAUCAUCCACGAACCUCGGAACGAUGAAUACAUCUCGGCUGCCUCGUCUGCGGUACAGGCUCUCGUUGAAGAAGGCUCGGCUGCCAUGCAGCAGCGUUUGAAUGACCUUAAAGCCAAGAAGCAGCGCAAAAAUGCAGCGGAGCGCGAGGAGCAGAAGCUAUUGAUGGGGCUAGUUGGCAAAGAAUCCUCGGCCAGCGAUACAACAAUGCGUGAGUACGCCGUUUGUGAAUGA